UUAGCCUCCCCUUUGUUUACUCAAACAUGGUACAGUCGGCGGGCAAUAUGGCGCUGCACAGGUUUAGUGUAUGUUGUCGUUCUUUACUGCGUGACACCUCUUGUACUGGAAUAUUGUCUGCUUUGUCACAACCAGGCUGGAUUGGGUGGCGUUUAGGAGCUCUAAGGCAUCUGCUGUCAGAAGAUGUUAUCAGACUCCAAGACUUCCAGCGCAGGAAGAUGGCUGUGGCUCACCUCAUCACCGGAUCAGAUGGAAAUUUCAUUGCGCUGCUCACCCAGAAGCUUCAGAGGAACAAUCUGAUUUUGCAAGAUGAACUGAAGCUACUGCUACACUUGUGCCAUUCUACAGAGGACAUGAUGAUAGCCCGGGAUGCCAUUUAUAGGUACAUUUCCAUGCAAAGAAGAAAGCAAUGCUUAAGUGGUCACAUUAUUUGUGAUUUUAUUUUGUACUCUGCUAGAUACCAUGCAGAGAACCGGAAUCGGGCACACGGGGAAUUCAAGUUCGGUCCUCUCUUCAUGAGGCUGUGUUAUGAACUGGGUCUGGAGAAGAUGGCUGCCGAUGUACUUACAGACAAGGAAAUGAGAGGGUUUUUCAAUGACACCACCUCCUUCAACAUAGCCAUAGACAUGCUGUUCAUGCAGGGCCUCCAUGAAGAUGCCCUGGAGGUGUUAAGAUCCAUGAGGAGCCAAGGCGUACCUUUCAAUAAAGACACACUGAUGCUGGCAUCGGCCGUCUGCUACAAACUGAACACAGCAGAGUCCUACACGAUCUGCACCUCUCUCAUCGAGGAGGCCCAGGCCAAAGGGCAGUUCAUCCUUCGACAUGCUUACUGCUUUGCUGUGGCCUUAGCGCUCAAACGGAAAGACGUCGAAAAGGCACAGUUGUUGUUUUCACAAAUCAUGAGCACUGAUGGGCAAUUGUGUCAAAAUCUAAAGGUUUUAUUACUGGCUAUGUCAGGAGCAACGGAUGAUGCCAUCAUGCUCCUCUCUGCAUCCACAGUGUCUGAAAGUCCCUCUUUUGUCAGGAAGCCAGAGUUUUCUCAAGAGGUGCUGGAUUUGGUGCAUUUGAAAACUGAGGACAGAGCACAAAUGGCCAAAGCGGAGCAGGUCACCUCCCAGCUGGAGCGAGCCGGUCAGGUGACUCGGCACACCCUAGACGACAUGCUGUGCCACACGCCCGUCAACAAGAGGAAGCCAUCACACAUAAUGGAGGGGAGGCGGCUCAGUAGAAGGACGCUGAAGCCACUCCAAUCCACUCUCUUGUCAGAGUGAAGUGCUCUGCUCUCCUCGUGUUGCCCAGGGACUCACUUUGUAUGUUUGAUAAAAGCUGCUUUAUUUGCAUGAAUAGAAAACAGGUCAUGAAUGAUGAAUUGAAUUAAAUAUAUAU